CCUGCUCCCUUCCUCUAUAUAUAAAGUCUGAGCAACCAGGCAUGGAGUAUCCCCCGUGCAUUGCCAAUGCCAGUGUAGCGGCAUUCGCAGGUAGAGAGAGACAGAGCCCAAACAGAGCAGGCGCCCAAAACAGGACAAAGCACAAACACAAACACCAUCCGUGCAAGGCUGCAAGCAACAAGCAGCGCAUGAGUGUUCCCUCCGGCUCCGGUGGUGGAAUCGCUCGGCAUUACCAGCCUCUCAACUUGAUCAAGUUAAGAGAAACUACUAACAAGUGCUGCUAGUGUGGCAAACGGCCGCACAAGAAGUGAAGCUUUAGCUGAGGCUUUGCUGCUUAGUUGUUUAUUCUAAAGCGAGCGAGUCUUGCGUCUCGCGUUGCGCCGUCGUCUCCUAUAUAAGGGAGUCCCCGGUGCUAUAGUGCGUCGAGGUGACUGACUGGGGUGGGGGACUGGGCUGGCUCUAUGAGAAGCCUCAUCGGCAGGAUCGGCACCGGCUUCCGCUCGCCGAUGGCGUCCGCGGCCGUCGCUGUCGGCGGCCCCCACAAGCGGCUGCGACGGCUCAGUGUGAGAAUGGAAAGGACAAGAGCCGGGGGUGGUUGCAGCUGCAGCUGUAGUAGCGGCAACAAGAGGGAGGCAGAACGUGGGGAGGAGGAGGACACGAGCACGAGGCUGGUGGUGAUCGUGGGCGCGACGGGCACGGGCAAGACCAAGCUGUCCAUCGACGCGGCCCAGGAGCUCGGCGGCGAGGUGGUGAACGCCGACAAGAUCCAGCUCUACGCCGGCCUCGACGUCACCACGAACAAGGUGAUGCCGGCCGACCGACGCGGCGUCCCGCACCACCUCCUCGGCGCCCUCCGCGCCGAAUCCGGGGAGCUGCCCGCAUCGUCCUUCCGCUCGCUCGCCGCGUCCACCGCGGCAUCCAUCGCGGCGCGCGGGCGCGUCCCCGUGGUGGCCGGGGGUUCCAACUCUCUCAUCCACGCCUUCCUCGCCGACCGAUUCGACGACGAGGCGCCUCGCGACCCUUUCGCCGCUGCUGCCAGGUACUACCGGCCGAAGCUCAGGUUCCCGUGCUGCCUGCUCUGGGUCGAUGUCGACGAGGCCGUCCUCGACGAAUACCUCGACCGGCGCGUCGACGACAUGCUGGGCGAGGGCAUGGUGGAGGAGCUCCGCGAGUACUUCGCCACGACGUCGCCCUCGGAGCGGGCCUCGCAGGCCGGGCUCUGCAAGGCCAUCGGCGUGCCGGAGCUCGGGGACCACUUCGCCGGGCGCAAGAGCCUCCGCGCAGCGGUGGACGAGAUCAAGGCCAACACGCGGGUGCUCGCCGCGGCGCAGGUGCGCAAGAUCCGCCGCAUGGCCGACGGCUGGGGCUGGCCCGUCCGGCGCCUCGACGCCACGGGCGUCGUCCGCGCACGGCUCGCGGGCUCCGCCGGCCGGUCCGCCGAGGCCGCGGCGUGGGAGCGCGACGUGCGCGGGCCGGGCCUGGCCGCCAUGCGCCGGUUUCUUGGCGACCAAGGACUGUCGUCGUCCGGACGCGGCGACGCCGAUGACGAGGAGGACGGGUUAGUCGCGCGGAGACAAUGCCGUGGCAUGGUGGGGUGAGACCCGGCCCCUGCGGAGGAAAAAGCUCUCGAGCUUUUUGGGUUCAAAUUUUUUUGAUAGGCCGCCGAUUUUGGGGGGGUCCGGCUGCUCAUCUGAGACACCGGUCGGUGGGGGCCAUAGGGCGGAUACUACAGCCAGCGAUAGAAAACAGAGAUACACGAAAGAAGUUUUGCAGCGCCUGUGAAUUCUUUCUCCCUGCAACGGGAGGCGUCUUCUUUUUUCACCAUCUUUUCUUCUUCUAGCUAGCCACCACUGCAUACAGUGUAAUUUAGCCCACCUUGUUCAAAAUUUGAAAUAGUUUUGCCUUUUGCUAACAGCUUGGCUUCAACA